UGACAGCGGCACUAUUUUGAAACUUCGCGCGUUAUCUCUCCUAUUUCGUAAACAAUCACAUCAGGUUUCAUUAUGAUUAAAUUUCAAUUCGCACGUGGUUCGAUUGCCCGCCUACUUAUAAGAAACUAUUAAACUAGUAUACAGAAUGUUCAAAUUCUCUUUCAAUCUACCGGAUGAAUCUGCAGAGACGAAGGAACCGGAGAAGCCGACUGAAACGAAAACCGCCGAAUAUGAGUGUGAAGAGGUUCUACUCAGCGAAGAUCUGCAGAAGGGCGUCACCAUCAAUCCCGACCACUUGCAUGUCUUCCCGGCCACUGUAGACAUCCUGGUGGAGUAUCUGAAUUGCGUAUCCUUACCAAAAGAGGAACUCGGCCUGGACAUCCUGUCCGCCGAGAUGGACCAUUCCGACUUGAUACCGGGCCGGUACGAAGGAGGCCUUAAGGUGUGGGAGUGCACCUUUGAUCUGGGCGAACUGAUGGCCGAAAAUGACGAAUACAAGAAGUUGUUCGAAAAGGCGUCAGUUCUGGACUUGGGAUGCGGUUCUGGGAUUCUCGGGAUCUUGGCUGUGAAAUUGGGAGCAUCGAAGGUGGUUUUCCAGGAUUAUAACCGAGAAGUCCUGGAGAAAGUAACCGUAAAAAACUACUCGUGCAACUGUCGUGGAACGGAUGCGGAGUCUGGCGAGGAAUCCUCUUCGUCGGAUGCAGAGGUGCAAUUCUUCUCCGGCGAUUGGUCCAGCUUUGUCGACAAAGUUGAGGAUCAGUAUGAUGUGAUACUGACCUCGGAAACCAUCUACAGCCCGUCGAACUAUGCGAAACUGAUCGAUCUAUUCAAAAAGAAGCUUAAGCCCAGUGGCGUUAUUUUGCUAGCAGCGAAAACGUACUAUUUUGGCGUGGGUGGCAAUUUGAGACUGUUUGAAAAGGCGCUGGAAACAGAUGGUUACUUUUCGUCGGAAACAAUCUGGGAGUGUGAAAGUGGCGUCAAACGGGAGAUAUUGAAAAUAAAGUCGAAACCGUAACA